AUGCCGAUCAAAUCAAUCCUUAGCAGCGCCCUCAUCGGGUUGAUUGCUUCAGCACCACUCGCAUUGGCGCAUACCUGGGUUGAACAAUUGAUGGUGAUUGCACCGAAUGGCACCUUGGUUGGUGAACCAGGUUUUCCUCGUGGGAAUGUCUUGCGCGGUACUCCCGGAUUCGGCGAUCCUACCAUGGUCAAUCUCAUCCCACCGGAUGGUCGCACUAUCAACCAGGUUUUACCGUCUGACCUCAUGUGCAAAUCAUCCCAAACUUCUCAGACCCAGACGGAUGGUUCUCCCAGACUGCAGGCGGCUCCUGGGGAUGCUGUUGCGUUGCGAUUCCAAGAGAACGGCCAUGUCACCCUGCCAGACAAUCAACCUGGCAAGCCAAAGAAUCGUGGCACAGUCUACGUCUAUGGCACCACCAAGGCUAGCCCGGACGACUCUUUUCUCGCUAUCCACCGUGUCUGGACUCCGGAUGGGACAGGCGGUGAUGGCCGUGGUCGCCUUCUUUCCACCCGCAACUUUGACGAUGGGCAAUGCUACCAGACCAAUGGCGGUUCACUCUCCCAACAACGUCAACAACAAUUCAAACAUCCAUUCGACAUGGUGAUGGGCAAUGAUUUAUGGUGCCAACAAGACAUCCAGCUUCCCACCGACAUGGCCACCGGUCAACCAUACACUCUCUAUUGGGUGUGGGAUUGGCCCACCAUGCCGGGUACCCCUGGAUUCCCCAAUGGGAAGCAGGAAAUCUACACGACUUGCAUGGAUAUUGACAUUGUUGGUGACUCUGGCAUUGUUCCCGUCUCCAAGGCACAAGUCAACUUUGCGCAAGGCCAACCGUACGACCUUGCUGCUGUGCCCGAGCAAAUGUCCGACCUUGCCAACCCAACUGCAGUCACAGGUCAGACCAUCCCUUUCUCGAACGUUCCUACUUCUUUGCUUACACGCAGAAUUGCCUCGCCGACAACUACAACGCCGUUGCUGACCUCUUCAUCCCCAACAGGUUCCACGAUUGCUUUCUCUGCCUCGGCUACCGGUCCGGCUGCUGGUGCUGCAAGCGAAGCUAGUAUCUUCGCUGCCACUGCAUCCGACACAUCCGUUCCCGGAUUCUUGUCCGUCCACACUGGCUCGACGGCUGGCCCAGGCCUUGAGACGCAGACCUUCACUGUCAUUCCGAUCGGCGUGAGCACCGCAGAUUCGUCUCAACCUACUGGCGGCGCCGAUGGAAAUGGCCGUGGUGGCCGUGGUGGUGAUAACAACAGUGCGUCGUCCCACCUCCCUGCUUUCAUGAAGUCACUCUUGGAGUGGUUCAAGAAAGCCUCUGCUAACUCACGCGACUCAUCAGGACCGCAAGUGACCGGAGCACCCAAUGCAGUCGGCAACGCUCAACAAGUUGCGACCUUUACCGAGUACGAGUCGGUCACUCAAACUCUCCUGCAGACUGUGUACGUGACCAAGUACACCAAGCGUGAUGCAGGUGAGUCAUCUCCCACCGCUCCUACUGUUUCGUCCGAUGGUUCUCCUUCCCCUGCAACUUUGCCCUUCUCCCGCACCCAUCCGUGGGCGAACAUGAACUUCACUCGGUCUGGCGGUCGGCCGCCGUGGCUCAGUGGCGUGUCGGCUUCAGGGACUGGGCGACCUCAUUUUCGACCCACAGGAUGGCCACAGGGGAAUCGCAGCAGCAAUGGACACGGCCAUGGCCGCAAUGACCAUAACCAGACCACCAUCACAGUCCAAAGCAUCGUCAGCUUGACGACAUAUAUGCCGUCUGCUGCUGCUGCUACUGCUCCAAUUGCUGCCUCACCCUUCCCACCCCUUGCGACCACUGAGUCCGUGUCACCCACCUCCCCAUUCACAUACACAGCCACCAGCACAGUCAUCCCCGUCACUUCCACAUUGUCAUUGCCUACUUCUGCCCCAGUACCACCGUCGUCUGAGCGACAGCAGGCACAGUCACUAACAGUCCUCCCAAUUCAAGACCUAGCCGCGACUCUCGCUCCGACUCCCACAUCAACAAACCACGCUGCGUUCCGCCUGAGAGCACGAAACCCCUUCGUCGCCCUCGGAUGGAUGUCAGCAAAGGGUGCGGAGACGACAACAACUGCAUCAUGA